AACAGUGUGUAAAUGUUGGCGUCAUCUGAUUUCUUCAAAUCCACCAUACUUACAUUUUCAUUGUACAACAUGUCACCAAGUGUAGCCUGCUUUUACUAACAUUGAAUCCUUUGAUGAAUAAUGUUCUCUUCAUUGAGCUCAAAAUUCUCAGUGGACAAACACCUCAAAUGUGGGUACAUAUAAUGGCUAAGUAGGCGCGUAUAGUUCAACACACACAGCCAACGUCAACUUGACCUUAAUAUUCCAUAUGUUUCUAUAACGAGUGAUUGAAGACAAACAUGGGGACAAACAAGCAUUUUGUGUGUCAGAAUGGAGAAGUGUGCAGGUGAUGGAGCCAGUGAUAUCCCAGUUCUCAGUGAAAGGGGGAAGUCACCCAUCGACUAGUGAUACUGAACAAGAACUAAUAACAGGAUUUAGUAUAAGUAUUAACUUCUGAAACGAUGUCAACGGAGAGGCAACAGCUGCUUUUCGAGGGCUUCCUGAAGAAAAGGAAAGAUACAAUGAAAAUGAAGUGGUCAACCUAUUGGUUCAGGCUCCAAAACACAACAUUAUUCUUCUACACUAAGAAACAUGGGAGUGCUUCACACCUAAGAGGCCUGUACUACAUCUACACUGUGCAGUCUGUGCGUGAGAUCCAGAGGGAGAAGCGUAAGCACUACGUGUUUGAAAUCACCAUGAAGAAUGGGAAGAGGAAAGUACUGGCUGCAGAGACAGGCGAUCUGAGGAGGGAGUGGAUUGGCCAGCUGUGGAGGGCCAUGCAUCUCUCAGGCCCAGGGGGUACAGACCCAGGCUGCAUACGACAGCAGGAUGUGAGGUCUGAUGACCUGAAGGCCAGAGGUCGCUUCAGCACCUAUAACAGCUCAGAAUGUGACAGCAUGAUGGAACCACUGGGGGUUCAUCGACCCCUCUCUGCACCCCUCAACCCCUCCACCCCUGACCAAGACCUAGACCAGGGACACAGGAUUACCCACUGCCUCUCUGGCCCCCUCACCCCUGACCAAAAUGUGGGGCACAGGGCUACCCUCUCUCUCUCCCUCACUGACGAGCUCAGUAAUGAGGAAGCCAUAUGCCAGAACACCAUCUCACAUUAUGGAGAGGAGGAUGAAGACAGUGUCCAUAGAUUUAGAAGGAGAUGUGACGAGGAGAGAGAUGAAGAAGAGGAGGAAGAGUGUAAGGAGGAAGAGGAUCAGUAUGACAUUCUACCAGCCCCCCGGAACUCUGAGUAUCACAUCAACCAAUCAGAUGAAGACUUGACUGAUGGAGAGGACCUCUAUGACUUCCCACUGUCCAAUAGGAGGGCAAGUGACCGCCAAGAUUAUAGGGAGAUGACAGAGAGCAUCUAUGACGUCCCCAGUUCCCUAAUGAGGAAAAUGUCUGAACACACACUUGCAGAGCCUUACCCUGGAGGUGAGAUACUGGUGGAGGACAGGGGCCUCCUGGAUGACAUGAUGGCCAGUCUGGGUGGAGGGACGGUGGGCUGGAUAACAGGUGCUUCUACUGUGGAGCCCUACGGGCUGGCUCAUCAUGGCUCUUAGGACUGGUAUAUAGUAUAGACUCUGGAUAAUAUAGACUGAAUGAGUUUUCCUCAUUCAAAUUGUUCUAUAAAGCUUGACGCAUUCUGUUAGAGAUUUAAAUACGUUUACAUUUUAUGAAAAAAAAUCUCAUUUGUCAUGAUAUUCUAUUCUAUUGACUUCUCUUUUAAUACAAUCUACUGUCAAGGAAAUACCAUAUUAAAUAACUAACUUCAUACUGUCAAAGUGUUCCACUUAGUAUAUAAUGUCAGGAGAGAGGUACUAUAGUAUUCAGGCAGACCCUAUCCUUCUUUUUUAGGAGGUAGAUCAGCUUUAAUACUGCAGAUACAUUGUGGCUUCUAUCAAUGUAAUUGUCUGCAUCAUUUCCCAUCACACAUGUAUAUUUUUUGUAAAUAUAUAGAGUACAUAUUAUUUUAAAUAUAUAUACAUUUUAAAUAUAUUUAGCUUCUUUAUUAUUUUCCCCUAACCCUACCACCCUUCCCUUAAUUGGAGUAAACAAAUUAAAUAUAUUUGACUUCUUUAUUAUUUUCCCCUAACCCAACAAUACUUAGGCUUCCACUUCCAGGUUAAACAUACUACAUACAUUUAAUGUAAAAUAUAUUUGACAUGAGUUAUCUUCUGUUUGUUUUUAGUCCCAGCCUUCAGCUACCGUCAACCCUCCCAUCUACAGUGAGGGGGAAAAGUAUUUGAUCCCCUGCUGAUGUUGUACGUUUGCCCACUGACAAAGAAAUGAUCAGUCUAUAAUUUUAAUGGUAGGUUUAUUUGAACAGUGAGAGACAGAAUAACAACGAAAAAAAUCCAGAAAAACACAUGUCAAAAAUGUUAUAAAUUGAUUUGCAUUUUAUUGAGGGAAAUAAGUAUUUGACCCCUCUGCAAAACAUGACUUAGUACUUGGUGGCAAAACCCUUGUUGGCAAUCACAGAGGUCAGACGUUUCUUGUAGUUUUCCACCAGGUUUGCACACAUCUCAGGAGGGAUUUUGUCCCACUCCUCUUUGCAGAUAUUCUCCAAGUCAUUAAGGCUUUCGAGGCUGACGUUUGGCAACUCGAACCUUCAGCUCCCUCCACAGAUUUUCUUUGGGAUUAAGGUCUGGAGACUGGCUAGGCCACUCCAGGACCUUAAUGUGCUUCUUCUUGAGCCACUCCUUUGUUGCCUUGGCCAUGUGUUUUGGGUCAUUGUCAUGCUGGAAUACCCAUCCACGACCCAUUUUCAAUGCCCUGGCUGAGGGAAGGAGGUUCUCAUCCAAGAUUUGAGUUGUCCUGUCCCCUUAGCAGAAAAACACCCCCAAAGCAUAAUGUUUCCACCUCCAUGUUUGACGGUGUGGAUGGUGUUCUUGGUGUCAUAGGCAGCAUUCCUCCUCCUCCAAACACGGCGACUUCAGUUGAUGCCAAAGAGCUCCAUUUUGGUCUCAUCUGACCACAACACUUUCACCCAGUUGUCCUCUGAAUCAUUCAGAUGUUCAUUGGCAAACUUCAGAAGGGUGUGUAUAUGUGCUCUCUUGAGCAGGGGGACCUCGCGGGCGCUGCAGGAUUUCAGUCCUUCACGGCGUAGUGUGUUACCAAUUGUUUUCUUGGUGACUAUGGUCCCAGCUGCCUUGAGAUCAUUGACAAGAUCCUCCCAUGUAGUUCUGGGCUGAUUCCUCACCGUUCUCAUGAUCAUUGCAACUCCACGAGGUGAGAUCUUGCAUGGAGCCCCAGGCCGAGGGAGAUUGACAGUUCUAUUGUGUUUCUUCCAUUUACGAAUGAUCGCACCAACUGUUGUCAACUUCUCACCAAGCUGCUUGGCGAUGAUCUUGUAGCCCAUUCCAGCCUUGUGUAGGUCUACAAUCUUGUCCCUGACAUCCUUGGAGAGCUCUUUGGUCUUGGCCAUGGUGGAGAGUUUAGAAUCUGAUUGAUUGAUUGCUUCUGUGGACGGGUGUCUUUUAUACAGGUAACAAGCUGAGAUUAGGAGCCCUCCCUUUAAGAGUGUGCUCCUAAUCUCAGCUCAUUACCUGUAUAAAAGACAACUGGGAGCCAGAAAUCUUUCUGGUUGAGAGGGGGUCAAAUACUUAUUUCCCUCAUUAAAAUGCAAAUCAAUUUAUAACAUUUUUUACAUGCAUUUUUGUGGAUUUUUUUGUUGUUAUUCUGUCUCUCACUGUUCAAAUAAACCUACCAUUAAAAUUAUAGACUGAUAAUUUCUUUGUCAGUGGGCCAACGUACAAAAUCAGUAGGGAUCAAAUACUUUUUUCCCUCACUAUAUCUUUGAAGACCAUCCAAUUUUUAUUUUUUGACUUCACCUUUAUUUAACCAGGUAGGCUAGUUGAGAACAAGUUCUCAUUUGCAGCUGUGACCUGGCCAAGAUAAAGCAAAGCAGUUCGACAUAUACAACAACACAGAGUUACACAUGGAAUAAACAAACAUACAAUCAAUAAUACAGUAAUACAAUACAUUUCUGGCUGCCAUAUAUUUUUCAACUGUGCUGUGAUUUUUCAUAAAAGAUCUGAACCUUUCUAUACUCAUAGUUUCUACAGAUUGUAAAUGAAAGAUAAACACCUUUGCUAAGAGUGUUAUUAUUCUAUUGAUCGAUUGAAUAUGACUUUUCAAAUCACCCAGCAGAGCUAUUUGCAAAGUUGGUUCCAAGUAAAUUUGGCAAUUUUUCGGCCAUUUCUGAACCUGCGACCAAAAACAAACUACAUAUGGACAGUACCAAAACAAAUGAUCCAAAUAUUCUGUCUCUUUGCAACAAAAUCUGCAAAGCUGGGAUGGUUGUAGCCCCAUAUAUAUAACAUUCUAUUGGUUGUAAGAAUGUUAUAGAAUAUUUUAAAUGGAAAAACUCUGGCGGUGUUUUUUGGUCCUUAAAUGAAACUGGUAUACUUUGUUAUUUAUCACAAUUGUCUUUAGAAACAUGUUGGUAUUUAAUGCAGGACCGACAGACAAGUUCCUUACCUUCUCCCCUUUCAACUUGCCUCCGCCAUUUUUGCAGUAAUUCUGCAAUCAGUUGGUUGUAAUUUUGGAUAGAACAGACAUUUCCAUAUAUUUUUUGUUAACUGCAUGUAUGAAAUAACUCCACCAGUCCUAUUUCUGAUAUAAUUUACAAAGAUUAUACUGUCUUUUUUAAAAAUCAAUUAGUAUAUUUGAUUUCAACCAUAGUAUUUGUUCUAAUAUUUGUUCUGUCUUUUCUGGUGGAUUAAACUGAAAUUGCAACCAA